UUUCCCCUCAGGGUGGGCGAGCAGGUGACUCACAUCCGGAUCCAGAACACGGGGGAUUACUACGACCUGUACGGCGGGGAGAAGUUCGCCACGCUGUCCGAGCUGGUGGAGUAUUACACGCAGGAGAACGGCAUCCUGCAGGACAAGGACUCCACCCUGAUCGAGCUCAAAUACCCUCUGAACUGCUCCGACCCCACCACUGAGAGGUGGUACCACGGUCACCUCUCAGGGCCCAAUGCAGAGAAGCUGCUGUGUGUGCGGGACGACCCGGGGACCUUUCUGGUGAGAGAGUCUCUGUCCAAGCCUGGAGACUUCGUCCUGUCGGUGCUGACGGAGGAGAUGAGCAAGACGGGGACCAAGAGGGUGUCCCACAUCAAGAUCAUGUGUCAGAACGACAGGUACACAGUGGGCGGUUCAGAGAUGUUCGACACGCUCACAGACCUGGUGGAGUUUUAUAAACGUAAAGGCAUCGAGGAGAUCUCCGGGAACUGGGUGCAUCUCAAACAGCCGUACUUCUCCACCCGGGUGAACGCGGCAGACAUCGACAGCCGGGUGAAGCAGCUGGACCUGACGCAGCAGCCGCAGGAGGGCGAGGGCGAGGGCGAGAAGACCAAGGCCGGAUUCUGGGAGGAGUUUGACGCUCUUCAAAAGUUCGAGGCGAAGGUGAAGAAGAGCCGAGAGGAGGGUCAGAGGCCAGAAAACAAGAGCAAAAACAGAUACAAGAAUAUUCUUCCCUUCAACGAGACCCGGGUCGCCCUGCAGGACAUGGACCCCGAGGUCGUGGGUUCAGAUUACAUCAACGCCAACUACGUGAAAAACAAACUGUCGGACAAACUGUCGGAGAGCAGCGCACCUAAAGUUUACAUCGCCACCCAGGGUUGCCUGGCGACAACUGUCAACGAUUUCUGGCAGAUGGCGUGGCAGGAGAAAACCAGGGUGAUCGUCAUGACGACACGAGAGGUCGAGAAAGGCCGGAAUAAAUGUGUGCCGUAUUGGCCCGACCUUCAGAGCUCUAAGGAGUACGGCCCCUUCCUGGUGACCUUGAAUUCAGAGAGAGAAGCGACAGAUUACAAGAUCAGAGUUUUGGAGAUCGCUCUUGUGAACAAGCCGAAAGUUUCCCGCACCAUCUGGCACUACCAGUACAUGAGCUGGCCGGACCACGGCGUCCCUCAGGAGCCCGGUGGCGUCCUCAGUUUCCUCGGUCAGGUGAACUCCAAACAGGAAGUCUACCCCGACGCUGGACCCAUGAUCAUCCACUGCAGUGCUGGAAUUGGUCGAACGGGCACGAUUGUAGUGAUCGACAUGAUCCUCGUGACCAUCGACUCUAUAGGUUUGGACUGUGAACUUGACAUCCCAAAAUACAUCCAGAUGGUGCGAGAGCAGCGCUCAGGCAUGGUGCAGACGGAGGCCCAGUACAAGUUCAUCUACCUGGCUGUGUCUGAGUACAUUCAGACCACCAAGGCCAAAGACUGUGCCUCCAUGGAAGCUGAGACAGAGUAUGGAAAUCUGCAACUCACCAAACACCAACCAGCGAGCAGGAAGGUCUCAAAGUGA